GAUGGAGUCUCACUCUUGUCACCCAGGUGGAGUGCAGUGGCACAAUCUUGGCUCACUGCAACUUCCUCUUCCUGGGUUCAAGCGAUUCUCAUGCUUCAGCCUCCCUGAGUAGCUGGGAUUACAGGUGCCCACCACCACACUCAGCUAAUUUUUGUAUUUUUAGUAGAGACGAGGUUUUGCCAUGUUGGCCAGGCUAGUUUUGAACUCCUGACCUCAGGUGAUCUGCCCACCCUGGCCUCCCAAAGUGGUGAGAUUACAGGUGAGCCACUGCACCCAGCUGUGUUUAAGAUUUUCAAAUGCAUGCACACAAGAGAGAACAAUCAAAGUUUUCCAUUUUUAGUCAUCUACUUUGCAUUUUGUGACCUUUGAUCACAGCAACAGGAACUCAUUCUUUCUUGUUAAGCAAAAGCAUAAUUUAUUGGAAAGAUAUAGUUUACAUAACAGCAGAGAAGGUCGAUGAACCAGAUUCAGAAAGACACAUGGAGCACUUAAGCUUCUCAUCUUCAACCUCAAUCAUUUUCUUUGCAUUAUUUCAAAGAAUUCAUCUAAUUAGUUUAGUUUGGGUUUCAUCCUCAUUCCAAAGUCAAGGAAAGUAGCUGACAAUCUCAACAAAGCUCUAUACAAUUGCAGAUGAGUCAAUUCCCUAAAAGUUGCCCACAUGCUACCACUAGAAAAAAGGAAAUGGAGGCAAAACAGAUAAAACCAAGAGACAGUCAUUGGUUAAAUGGUAUGUCUUAAUUUUUCCAUGCUCAGAAAUAGGAAAAUUAAAAACUACCUUAAAUUAGAAAUGACUAAGUGCACAGUUUCCUCAGGUACAUUUAGUGAGUUUUUGUAGAGUCCUUUCUCGAUUUUUCCCAAUUAUUGUUCUAUUCAAAUUUCUCACCUUUAAAGAUAGCUAUAAUUGAUCACAUCCAUAUCAAAUAAGCAAUAACUACUUUGGUCCAUGUCCCCUCACUCCCAGAUUUUAACCUAUGUACCAAGUGCACAUGUUUCUCCUCGUUUUGAGUUCAGGCUCACUAAAUUUUAAAGACCACUUCAGACCUCAAAUAGGCAGUUUAUAAAAGUCACCCUUGUCUGCCUCAAUAUAUAGAAAUUUUUCUUUACUCUUGGUGACUUGUUACUCAAGACUUAUUGCCAAGCGAUACAGCAUAGUGUUUGGGAGUGUGAAGCUUUAAGUCAAGCUGAUUUAGGUUUAUAGCCCUGCCCUGCUCUUUUUCUUAGCUGUGUAAACUUGGUCUGUUUACUUUUCGUCCUUUAGUUUGUUCAUUCCUCUCUAAAAUUUAGACACCAAGGAAACAUUAUUAGAACCUGAAAUUUCGCCAUUACUUAUUUUGAGAAUUCUCUUUUUAUCUGAGAGUAUUCUUAAACUGUUUUAGGGUCUUCAAAAAUUGUUUUACUUGUUAUCUGUUUUCAUCCUAUUAAAGGUCCAUGAAGUAGGUAUGAAAAGAAAUCAGCACAGGCCAAGUGGCCUGAGCACCAGAAUACAAGUUCUGGUCCCAGCUCUAUCGUUACAUGUUUGUAUUUUUGGGCAAACUAGUUUUCUGUUAAGUAUCAACAAAAGGUGGAGUCUUGAACACAUUAACAGUUUUCAAAGCAUAAUCAUAUAGAAAUACCUGUGUUAUACCACAAAUAAAACUAAACCAUGACCCUUUCCAUCAAUACCAGACAAUAAGUUUUGGACAGAAUACGUUCAACUUUUUUUUUCUCCUUUAUAUUCAUCAAAUAUCCAGACUGCUUAUGUUUUUAAAGAUCCCAAACAUGGCACUAUUCUACCUGGUUCAUCCAUUUUUUUACAAAAUACAGCAUACACUCAUUUUUCUCUAGCAAAACUGCCUAGGAUGGCACUAGAUACAGUAACAUAAUGUGUUUUAGUACAAAGCGAUAAUGCUCAGGGUAGUGUCGGGAAGUCCGCAAGCGGAGUAAAUCUGAAAAGGGCUGCAGGUGAUCUUGCAACCACCCUGUCCAUCGAUUUACUCAAGGUUCUACGGCCCCAACCAAAACACCAAGAAAACCUUAGCACUGAAGCCAAAGGGGGCUGCCCAACUCAGUCUCGGUCUUCAAUUUUGCAUCUGGGGAAUAAAGAAACAGAAAAGGGAAAUGCUGCCUCCUCAGCUCCGUCAGGAGCGGGGGCCCCCUGAGGAGCGACUUCAGUUAAAGGGUCGGACAAGGCCGUCUCGGGCCCCUCGCCGUGUCCGCACUCACUGCCUCCUUCUCGAACAUGCUAGGCCUUCUCUCUUUCCUAGGAGCCAGCGGCGCCUGCGGAGGGGUCUGGUUCAAGGUGUGGUUGACGCUCGGCUUCACGCCUCGGGCUCGCUUCUCCAUCUUGCUCUGUUUGCCCAGACGCCCACCGCCUUCCCUUCUCCUCCGGCGGUCAAACGCCCCAGCGGCUCCCGCGAGACCGGGAGUCUAGCACUGCGCCUCUUGCGGCCGGAAGUGCCCGCCGGAGCGCCAAGGCGCCUGGAGACGCGGCGGGCAGGCACCUGCGUCAUUCACGUGCGCCUCAGCGCGGCGCCGGAAGUUAUGGAGGUAUUAAUAGGGGCCCCUAUUACCACAUGUCUUUCUCCCUCAGUAUAUGAUAUAAUUUGUAAUCUUGGGUUUGAACUCAGAGAAAAUUGUGACAUCAAUAGCAUUGUAACUCAGAAUGGUGAGGUAUGCUGGAAAACAGUCACAGACUGUGUGAGCUACACAGAGUCAGACCAGGGUCUGGAUUACUGGGGAAGUGUGAGGCUGCUGGGCCCUGUGUGUGAAGCUGUCCAUUCACAUUUCUUAUCUCUGACCAAGGGGCAGUUUGAAAUUCAAUAUGCACCAUGGUUCCAGUGGACAAGUUUACCACAGUUAUUUCCUGAAAUAUUUGAUGCCUUGAAAAGUCUACAAUCUCCUGCUAUUUCUCUUAGCUUAAUGAAACUGACGUCAUGUCUAGAACGAGCCUUGGGUGAUGUAUUUUUACUGCUUGGGAAGGAAUGCCCCUUUCUUUUAAGAGAUCUACUUGCAUCUGAAGAGCUUGCUCAAAUCUUUGGGCAGUCUGUGAUGAAUGUGCUAAAAGUCUUCAUCGGCUCUCCGUGUGGCCUCAACCUGCGUAACGUCUUAUGGCAUGGGUUUGCAUCACCUGAAGAGAUUCCUCCAAAAUACUGUUCAAUGAUGAUACUCUUGACAGUAGGAUUGGGUCAGUUACUGAAGAGUUACCUUCAAAACACUAAACUUACAUUGACACAUCGCUCUUUCGUAACUCUUAAAAACCUAGAGGAUUUGGUUAUUUUUCCUGAUGUUACUUAUGAGGUGCUUUCAGUAUUAGAAGAAGUGAUGACAAAAUCUGCUUUUAUAUUAAAAAUCAUGUUACCAUAUUGGGAAGUUGCACUGAUCAAGUUCAGGUCACAAAGGUUUGCUGACUGUGCCAUAUUGUUGCUGGCACAACUAGAGACUGGACUUAGGAAUGUUUUUGCCACACUUAACAGAUGUCCAGCAAGACUCCUGACUGCUGAGUCAACAGCUCUUUAUACCACCUUUGAUGAAAUAUUGGCAAAACACUUGAAUGAUGGUAGAAUCAAUCAGCUUCCUCUUUUCCUUGGAGAGCCUGCUAUGGAAUUUCUCUGGGAUUUCCUGAACCAUCAGGAGGGUCCCCGCUUAAGAGAUCAUUUAAGCCACGGAGAGAUCAAUUUACAAGAAUUUUCAAAAGAAACAACUAAUCAGUUGCUUGCAUUUUCUGUUGUACUGUUACUCAGAUUUGUUGAUGAAGGUCUGCUAUCAGUUUUUAAGGAAAAAGCAGCAGUAGAAUUGUUGAUUAAUCUUGCAGAAGGCUAUAGUUCUCGUUGCCAUCCUGUUUCUCAGCUUAAAAAACAGGUGCUGAGCUGUGAGGAAAGCAUCAGGGUUUGGGCUCUGCUGCCUUUCCCUGAAGAACUCACUCAGGAAGCUGUCAGAUUAGAAGAUAAUUCUGAAACAAAUGCCUGCCACUCUUUAAUUACAAAAAUUAUGGAUGAACUGUAUCACCAUAUGCCUGAGAAUCAUUGUGUUUUAAAGGACUUGGAUAGUCUUCCUACUGAGACGUGGCCCAGCUCACAGCUGCUCUGUGAGCUCUGCAGCACACCCGUGCCCACCCUGUUCUGCCCCAGGAUUGUGCUGGAAGUGCUGGUUGUGCUCCGAAGCAUCAGCAAACAGUGCCACCACGUGUCCAACCAGGUCACUGCCGCCUCAGAGCUGAGACACAUGCAGUGGGUGGAAAGGACUCUGCGGUCUCGCCAGCGGCUGAACUACCUGCGCAUGCUGAGUAGUAUUAGACUUCUGUCCCCUGUGCUCAGCCUGGUUCUGUUACUCAUUGUGCUAGAAUUGGUCAACAUUCAUGCUGUUUGUGGAAAGAGUACGCAUGAGUAUCAGCAGUACCUAAAGUUUGUAAAGUCCAUCUUGCAAUACACAGAGAACCUGGUGGCUUACACCAGCUACGAAAAGAACAAGUGGAAUGAAACCAUCCAUCUUACACAUACAGCUUUGUUGAAAAUUUGGACUUUUAGUGAGAAGAAACAAAUGUUAAUACAUUUAGCUAAGAAAUCCACAAGUAAAGGACUCUUAUGAAAACA